AUGCUGACCGCACGGCAGAGUUCUUCGUUCGACGCAUCAGCUUCUUCUUCCGUUAUGGAAAGUUAUGGAGAUACGGAUACAAUAAUAGUGAAGAAUUAUGUGAAAGAUUUAUUGAAGUCUCGUAUUUUUCUUGGUCGAUACUUAGAAAGGAGAUUAAUUAGUCAACGCACUAGCUAUCGCGAUAUAGUUCUUUUAAGUGCUGCUGAAAUUGAACUUAAACGGGAUUUAUUAGAAGUUCAAACAAAACUACGAAAUGUUUGUACCGAUCAGCACUGGAUUGGUAUUACAAGUUCAGAAUUUCUUGGAUACAAUACUGGAGUCUGUAUAUGGACAGAGAUUGAUAAUCAACCAUUUGGAGCAUUUUGGUUUCAAAUUAAAAGUAUCAAGUUCAGAGCUGAUGAAGUUAUGUUGACAUUGAAAUGUAUAAGGCAUAUUUCGGAUUCUUUUCUAGAACUAGAACCUAUACUAACAGGUGCAAUAAAAAAUAGUGUUGAAAAUACAGAAACUAAAUUUGAUAAUAGUUUAGAAUCAUUAAAAGAAUCAUAUGAUGAUAUAGUACACAAUUUAAAAAGUGCAAUAUCAAUAAAAAAUCUAAAAGAGUUUGUAACAUUCUUGUUUGCAUUUGUUAUUGCUGUUUUUACCGGUAGCACAGCUUUUGUAAAUUUUCUGGGUAAUUUCAUAUUAGCUUUAAUUCGGGAAAUGUCAGUAUUGAUAAAAAAUUCAACUCCUAUGUUUUUAGGUGUUUUGGACUUCUUUAGCAAAAUUAUUGGUGGCUUUUAUAUACUUUUAGCUAUGUUCUUUAAACCAAAUACCCCUGUAAGGAUAAAUAAAAGAACUUUGACAUAUAAUGAUCAACCACCAUUAUAUAACCAUUAUAACAGUAGAGACUUUGAUUAA